UAUAUAAACAAGCGAAGUGGAAGUUUUCAUCAGGAAAGAAAAUGAAUGGACUGAACGGUACCUCAAUAUCAGACAUGGCUGUUCUAGAAUCAAUUCGCCAGUUUCUUCUUUCCAGUGACUUCGAAUCUACAAUGAAUUUUUCAGAGGAGGCGACCACAGACGUCUGCAAGAAGAGUAAGUCUCAAACGCCAAACAAGGAUUGGAAUUACAGGGGAGUGAGGAGAAGGCCUUGGGGAAAGUUUGCUGCAGAAAUUAGGGAUCCUAAGAAGAAUGGCGCUAGGGUUUGGCUUGGUACGUACGAAAGGCCUGAGAAAGCUGCCCUGGCUUAUGACCAAGCCGCUUUUAAAAUGCGCGGCUCCAAAGCUAAGCUCAAUUUUCCGCAUCUCGCUGGCGUGGUUCACUAUGCACCAAUUAGGGUUAAACAUAAGAGCCACUCACCAGACUCUUCUUUUAAAUGGAAAAAGGGAUUAUCUAGUAUGUAGCUUUUCAUGCGUUUAAAGUUGGAUUCAAUUCAAACAAACAGAAUUCAAACUGAAAA